UUUAAUAAGGCAGUGCGUGCUUGUUUUUUUUUUUAAGCCUAUUAUGAUAUACCUGUUUGACAAGUUCGAUAGAAAAGAAAAUCUGAAAAUAGAGAGCGCACAUAGGAGCGUCAGAGCAGAUGCUUGUUGCUUCAUAUUGACGAGCUCUCUGAAAGGACAAGGAACAAUGCUUCGCUGGGUCUUGCUUGCUUUGCUCAUUGGCCUCUGUGCCAGUGCCGGGGAACAGAAAGCUAAAAAGAAAGUGAAGAGUCAGUCCUUGUCAAGAGGAUGGGGAGGUGGUAUUAACUGGGCCCAAAAUUAUGAAGACGGCCUAGCAAAAAUGGCCAAGAGUCAGAAACCUCUCAUGGUCAUUCAUCAUAAAGACAACUGCCCACACAGUAAAGACCUGAAGAAGGCAUUUGUUGCGGAUAAGACUAUCCAGAAAAUGGCAAAAGAGGAUUUCAUCAUGCUCAACGUGGUGGAAGAGACUUCGGACAAGAAUCUGGCACCUGACGGUUACUAUGUUCCCAGAAUCCUCUUUGUUGAUCCAACCUUGACUGUGCGCACAGACAUUACUGGAAAGUACAGCAACCACCUCUACACCUACACAGCGAGUGACAUCCAGGGCCUGGCCGACAACAUGAAGAAAGCCAAAGUCCCGCUGCACAGCGAACUCUAACGUGGUGCCUGACGUCUCAGCAUCUUCCACACAUGACUGCUCAGUGGUCAGAACUGAAUUAUUUAAAUGCUUUUGGUGCUCAUUAAAACCAAAAUAAAGGAAAAGAAAGUCAUCUUCAGUCUUUCUCACUUUCAUGCAACACUUAAUAUGUAAUUAAACUACUCAUUAAAAACACA